AUGUUGUGUGAAACUAGACGGACAUUACAUUCAAGAUCGGAAUCAAAGAGUGAAGACGAUGAUGAACCAUCAACUCGAAAAAGUAUGAAAAGACAAUUUCGUAAUGAAAGCGAGAAACGUCGUCGUGAUCAGUUUAACCAGUUGAUUGGUGAACUGAGUUUAAUCAUUGGAGAUCAACAAAAACUCGAUAAAUCAUCGAUAUUAAAAGAAA